AUCGUCGGCAGACACAAAACCCACGACGAGGUGGCGAUAUAAGUUGCGGGUUCGUCGAGGGCCCAACCGCAGUUGUGUGACCGCGUUCGGCGGACGAGCACGGAAAUCAAGACAGCUGGACAGUCGGACAGUCGGACAGCCAGACAUUUGGAUUUGUGCAUUACCUUAGAUAGUUACAGUUCGUAAUUUAGUCGCGGCCCGUGACAGUGAAUCGAAAGCCUCGAAAGAUAAGGCCUGUGUUCCGGGAAAAGUGACACCCAAUGCAAAGUGAAAUCAUGGGGAAACCGUGUCGCAACUCUACGUUGGCAAUUGUCAUUGCCCAGAUCUUGAUUUGUGCUUCGGUUGCCUUGGCCCAAGAUUUUGGCUAUGAUGGCAGACAUGGACCUGCGCAUUGGAGCGAAGAUUACGCAAAAUGCAGUGGAAAGCACCAGAGUCCCAUAAAUAUCGACUUGGUUAACGCCGUGGAGAGAAGAUUUCCCAGGCUGGAUUUCUAUAAUUUUCAUGUGCAGCCGGAAUCCAUUCAAAUGUCCAAUAAUGGACACACAGUGCUGGUGAAGAUGUCCUACGAUGAGGAUAAAAUUCCGAUUGUGAGGGGAGGUCCUUUGGCGGAGAAAACUCCUUUGGGCUAUCAGUUCGAGCAGUUCCACUUCCAUUGGGGCGAGAACGACACAAUUGGCAGCGAGGAUCUGAUCGAUAACCGGGCUUAUCCCGCCGAGCUUCAUGUGGUGUUGAGAAAUCUGGAUUAUCCUGAUUUUUCUAGCGCUCUGGAUAAGGAUCACGGAAUUGCAGUAAUGGCCUUCUUCUUCACGAUAAGCAAUAGGUCCACUGGCGGUUAUGAGGAUUUCACUAACUUGCUUUCCCAGAUUGAUAGAAAAGGCAAAUCUGUGAAUAUGACAAACACACUUCCCCUCGCAGAAUUUGUCUCGAGUUAUUUGGAGAGCUACUACACCUACACUGGUUCUCUGACGACUCCGCCUUGCAGUGAGGAAGUCACUUGGAUCGACUUCACAGUUCCCAUCGACAUUACGGAGCAGCAGCUGAAUGCCUUCCGUCUGCUGACAGCCAACGAUGACCAUCUGAAGAACAACUUCCGACCCAUCCAGCCGCUGAACGAUCGCACCGUGUACAAGAACUUUAUUAAAGUGCCGGUGAACAACAUGGGCUCGAUUCCAUUGGUGAAUGCUGAAAACGCGGCAGGAAACUGGAGGCCCCUUUCGCUGGCAGUCCUGCUUUCCGGCUUCGUCCUCGCAGCGCUGUCAAGGACCUCGGCUAUUAGUGGUUUUUAAUUAGAGUUCUGCGGCGGGGAUUCGAAGGUUAAAUCGUUAAAUGCCUAGCAUGCGCUUAGGCGUCCAAUUAAGCGCUGUAAUUUACAUUUUCCGCUUCUGUUCGUCGACGCUCUGUUUGUUGUUUAAACACGGUUGCCGGUAAUUUCCCCGGCAUGGGCACGAACUCCUGCCGGCAGGACACCAAUAUAUCUACGGGUAAACAAACCGAACGGACGGACGGACAGAUGGGGGAAAAUUAUUAAACGCAAAUGGGCGAGGCUUCAGCUGGCACGAUACCCUAACUCAUCAAUUAUGCAGCACCUCGCACAGGAAUUGUCAACCCAAUCGCAUCCGAGCAAAGAGACCUGUCAGUGCGAGGGGUUCGGACCCACUUUGAUUGCACAUUGUGAUUUUAAACGCUUGGCACAAGCAAGGCUUUUAUUUGUGUACCGUAGGCUUAAGACCUGUAAACAUGGCACUGUAAUUGUUUUGUUGUUAAAAUGUAUUUGUUUGAACAGUCAGAAUAAUAAGAAUCCCUUAUUAUUAGUACUUUUAAAUUAUUAAUAAUGUAUUAUGUAUUAUAAUGUAUUUAUUUUUAUUAUUGAUAAGCGUAAUAAAACCUUUUUUUGUAAAAGUAA